UCUCCAUCUUCCCCCAUUGAUCAUCAUGAAGAUUAUGCAGAUAAUCUUCAUGGUAACCAUCACCAUCACCAUGAUCACCAUGGCCAUCACUCUCACCACCACCGCCACCACUACCGCCACCACCGCCAUCACUGCGACACCAUUUCCCAAGAGGCCUCAUAGCCGUUUCUUGGCCGAGAAAGAGCGAAACCCUAGGGCUGCGGAUCACUGCAAAGACGACGACACUGUUUGUUAUAUCUUGGAAGGCAAGAACUCUACAUGUUGCAAUAACAAGUGUAUGGAUUUGACCCAAGAUAGACACAACUGUGGAGCUUGCAAGAAGAAGUGCAAGUUUACGAGCUCGUGUUGCAAUGGGGAGUGUGUGAAUUUGGCGUACGAUAAGAGGAAUUGCGGGUCGUGUGGCCAAAAAUGCAUGCCGGGUGGUUAUUGUAUAUAUGGUCUCUGCAACUAUGCGUAAAUCAACAUGAUACUGUUCGAUCUCGAUCUUGAUUAAUUCGAUAUUCCGUUAAAUUAUUCGUGCAUAUAUAUGCUAUCAAUAAAGACCAUUUUCGUCAUGGUCGAUCAACACGAAAAAUUGUUGUUAAUUCAUAUUUAUUACUUAUUUACGUGUCAUUUUCAAGAUUUCCCAA